GGCGCGUGACGCGCGAGCCAUGGCGGCCGUGGCGGCGCUGCCCCCGGGGCCGCUGUCGCCGCCUGGCGGGGGCGCGGCGGACGCGGCGGGGCCUGAGGGCGCCGAGGGCCUGUUCGUGCUGCUGGGCGCGGGGCUCGCCGCCGCCAGCCACCCCCUGCUCUACGUCAAGCUGCUCGUGCAGGUUGGGCAUGAGCCACUACCUCCAACCAUUGGAAGAAAUGUAUUGGGAAGGAAGGUCCUGUACCUGCCCGGCUUCUUCACCUACGCCAGGCACAUUGUGGAAGUGGAUGGGAAAAGAGGCCUCUUCCGUGGCCUGACUCCUCGCCUCAUCUCAAGCACUUUAUCAACCAUCACCAGGGGGAGUGUGAAGAAGGCUUUUCCACUGGAAGACAUGGAGCACGUGUCUAACAAGGAUGAUAUGAAAACUUCACUUAGGAAAGUGGUCAGAGAGACGUCCCAUGAGAUGAUGAUGCAGUGUGUGUCCCGGUUUGUCUCACACCCGCUGCACGUGAUCUCCAUGCGCUGCAUGGUCCAGUUCGUAGGCCGGGAAGUCAAAUACAGCGGUGUGUUCAGUGCCAUUGGCAGGAUAUUUAAGGAAGAAGGGAUCCUGGGAUUCUUUGUUGGGUUAGUCCCUCACAUCCUGGGGGAUGUCAUCUUCCUCUGGUGCUGCAACCUCCUGGCUCACUUCAUCAACACCUACGCUGUGGAUGACAACUUCAGCCAGGCAUCGGUGAUCCGGAGCUACACCAAGUUCGUGAUGGGGAUCGCUGUGAGCAUGCUGACCUACCCGUUUCUUCUCGUGGGAGAUCUCAUGGCAGUGAACAACUGUGGGUUGCGUGCCGGCCUCCCUCCCUACGCUCCCGCCUUUGCAUCCUGGAUCCACUGCUGGAGGUACCUCAGUGCUCAGGGGCAGCUGUUCCGUGGCUCCAGCCUGCUGUUCCGCAGGGCGCCCGUCCCAGCCGCCUCCUUCCCCAUCGACUGAGCCUCGGCAGGGACAGCUCAUCAACGUGGACUC